UCGAAUCUAGCGCGUGGAAGAAAACGCCGAUGAGCCGUCCCGAAUUCACAGCACCUCCACAAAUAUUUUACAACGAUGUCGAAGCACGAAAAUAUACGCACUCGUCGCGUGUCGUCGAGAUUCAAGAAAGGCUAACAGAGCGAGCAGUUGAACUCCUAAAUAUUCCUGACGAUGGUGUUCCGCGCCUUUUGCUUGACGUCGGCUGUGGUUCGGGGCUUAGCGGUGAACGUCUGACAUCACUUGGCCAUGAAUGGAUAGGUACUGAUAUCAGCAUGAACAUGCUCGAAGUUGCACAGGAGCGCGAAGUAUUGGGAGGUGUUGUUCAGUAUGACAUGGGGCAUGGUUGCCCGUUUCGGCCUGGUGUUUUCGAUGGUUGCAUCUCAAUCUCAGCUAUUCAAUGGCUCUGCAAUGCUGAUAACUCUCUCCAUCGGCCGCGCCGCCGGCUCGCAUCAUUUUUCAACCACUUGUACCGCUGUCUUAAGCGUGGCAGCAAAGCAGUUCUCCAAUUUUAUCCUGACAAUGCUGAGCAAGUAGAAAUGAUCACCACUUCAGCUCUUCGUGUUGGUUUCUCAGGUGGGCUAGUCGUGGACUAUCCCAAUUCAACCCGUGCCAAAAAAUAUUUCCUGGUGUUGGCUGCUGGCUCGGAGAGCUCUGCGACAGAAUUUUCGGCGAGCACACACAUUUGUGGACUGGUUGGUGAUGAACUCUUAAACAAACCAGGUAUAAAUAUCGUUGGACGCAAAAAAGCCCGAAAGAACCUCUCACCUUCCAGGAAAAUAAGUAGUGUUUCGCACAGUAGGAGCAAACGGCAUCCCGAUAAUAAAGGGAGGGCUUGGAUAGAAAAGAAGAAAUCCCAGGCUCAACUCAAGGGAAAAGAAACUGCUCGCAAUAGCAAAUACACAGGUCGCAAAAGGAAGGAUCGUAUCUAGCGCACAGACGAGUAUAAAUAGUAUCAACGGUUUAGACCAUUUUUAAUUCAAGACACUCUCCUCGU